UCUCUUCCCCACGCUCGGCGCCGAGUGACGUCACCAGGGCAGCCUCGGCGCUGAGCUCUCACCGCUUUCGUACGGCAACUCACACACACACACACACACACGGUCCGGGGAGGAGGAAUAAAAAAAUACAAAUAAAAUAAAAUGCUGCUCUCUGCACCGCCGAGGACCGGAAGCAGCCCGUAUAACGGCUACACUCACCGGACCGGCAAGAAGCAGGCAUAUAUGUCCUCCACCCAACAAAUGGCACCUCCCAGUCCCAACCCUACAACCAGCAGCAAUGGAAGCAGCAGUGGAGGGGACCAGCUGAGCAAAACCAACCUCUAUAUUCGUGGCCUCCACCCAGGGACCACAGACCAAGACCUGGUUAAACUCUGUCAGCCGUACGGCAAGAUCGUGUCCACCAAAGCCAUCCUGGACAAGACGACCAACAAGUGCAAAGGCUAUGGUUUUGUUGACUUUGACAGUCCUGCAUCUGCGCAGAAAGCUGUUACAGCACUUAAGGCUACUGGAGUUCAGGCUCAGAUGGCGAAGCAACAGGAGCAGGACCCUACCAACCUUUAUAUCUCCAACUUGCCCUUGUCCAUGGACGAGCAGGAGCUGGAGAGCAUGCUGAAGCCCUUCAGCCAGGUCAUCUCCACACGCAUUCUCCGCGAUGCCAACGGUGCCAGUAGAGGAGUCGGCUUUGCCAGGAUGGAAUCGACGGAAAAAUGUGAGACCGUUAUUCAGCAUUUCAAUGGCAAAUACAUCAAGACACCACCUGGAGUAGCAGUGCCCACAGAACCUCUGCUGUGCAAGUUUGCAGACGGGGGACAGAGGAAACGUCAGAGUCAGGGCAAAUAUCUUCUAAACGGUCGGCCGUGGAUGAGAGACGGAGAGACGGGUGGAAUGAUGCUGACCUAUGACCCCACCCCUGCCCUACAGAAUGGGUUCUACUCCUCACCCUACUGCAUCGCUCCCAACAGAAUGAUCACACAAACCUCUGUCUCUCCAUACAUGCAUUCCCCGGUUUCAACGUACCAGGUACACAAUCCGUCCUGGAUGCACCAUCAGUCGUACCUCAUGCAGCCCACGGGAACGCUCCUAACACCUACCAUGGAUCACACUCUGUCCAUCCAGCCUGCUGCCAUGAUGCCACUGACCCAGCAGCUCAGUCAUCUGUCCCUGGGCAGCACUGGCACAUAUAUACCUGCAAACACAGCUAUGCAAGGGACAUACAUACCCCAGUACACCCAAGUGCCUCCUGCCAGUGUCUCAGUCGAGGAAAACGGUGUCCAGCAGCCCCAGGUUACCAUUGAGGCGACCACAGAGCAUCCAGCAUACUCCUACCAGCAUGGCAAAUGAAGACAAGGUCUUCUGCAGCGGGAACGAAGGCCGUUACUAAAGCAAGAAACCCGAUGAACCCAAUUCAAGUCUCCUUUGCCCACAGACAUCAUCUCUAGCAGAAGAGUCAAUAUUACCUUUAGAAAUUGAUCAAUUGGAAAUCUGAUUGGUUGAAGCAAUAACCUUCAAGAAACAUGCAGUUUACACUACAGGCACUGCUGAUUCUAAAGACUCGACACAAAUUCCUUCGAUGCCGCAACACGGGACGUGACCGCUGAAAUACGAUUGGAUAGAAACUUCAACGUGAACAGACACUACUUGAAGCAGUGCACCCAAGAGAAAAGCUAUGAAAUGAAAAGAAGAGACUACUGGGAAUAAUUUAAUACACAUUCAUGUCCAAAAAAUAUAUUAAAACAUAAGAUUCUGUAUAUGACUCCCCAUUCCACUCUCAGAAUUCAUCAAGGACACAAAAUCACUGAAAUGAUCGGAUGAACUGACUGAUUUUAAUAUUAAGCAAAGCUCUUGGCCCCUGUGUGUGUGUGUGUGUGUGUGUGUGAGUGAUGAUAGACUAUUACAAUACGAUUGGCUGAUUGCUCAUUUGCAUGUUAUACGAGGUGGUAUCAAAGAGUUUCUAGACUAGUUUUGGAACACGCCAGCAGAUGGCAGCACAAAGCUGCCCGCACAGUCAGAGGGAGCACCGAAAUCCAUAAGUCAGUGUGCCAAAAGAAUGUCGUGUGUACAUUGGUGCUUUUUUUGACCACGUGCGUUAUCAUCAUGUACAGCAAAUUGGUCAGAAAAGCAAAAGUGAAGUUUACAUUGAUGCUGCAAUGAGUUGUUUUUGAGUGGCAUGCGUGCUUCCAGAGCGAAAGAGCACUGAAAGAAAGGGGCAAGAAUUUCAAUAGUGAGUUUUACCGAAGGAGGACAUUUGCCGAAAGCGGGCUAGUCUCGAAAUCUUUAAAACCACCUCGUAGUACGAGCCCAUUCAAAGGGCUAUGACCCUUUGUAAAAUUCUAUGGCAGACCCUUUUUUUUUUUCCUUCCGACCACACAAACAAAUCCAGAUUUGAACCAGACUGGACGCAACACUUCCAAUUUGCUUCCUCGAGCACUUCAAAUGACGGCGUCUCUCUUUUUUGU